AUGGAGAGAGUUGAUUCUGGUUUGGAGUUUGAUUCACUAGUAGUCAAAUCCCCAAUCCCAGUAAUGGUUGAGUUUGUGGACCCCUUGUGCGAAUUCUGCGACUUUAUCGAGCCCGCAAUGAACCAACUGGCCCAAGAAUUCGAAGGAAAGUGUAAAUUCUACAAACUCGACAUUUCUCUGAACCGAGAGAUCGCAGCAAAAUGCGGGGUGCUAGGCUAUGUCCCCUACUUCAUGAUGUUCAAGGGCGGCUUCACAGGCAUGCGUAUCCGUGGACCGGCCACUUACGAGGAAUUGAGGAAACUCGUUACGACAUAUGUCAAGCUUUCUUCUUGA